AUGGACCAGGCGUUGCAGCAACCCGACUUUCCUUUGGCUGUUCGCAGCCUAGAGACCUUGACGGAGCAGGUCGCUCGCUGUCAAAAUCUACCCGCCGUAGAUGGCGGCCUUCGACUCGCGGAGGCGCUUGACGCUAUGCGCAACGACUUGCGGGACAUGCGGAAUGAGAUUCGCACAGUCAAUAGGAAGUUGGACGACUUGGACCGCAAGGUGGACGGUUUGGACCGCAAGGUGACUGCAGAAAGACGGAACGCAGUGGCUCGAGCCCAGAACGCCGUGGUGGUGCGUUCGAACAUGGAGUUGGAGCCCUUGUGCAGCGUCAUCACGGGCGAGCGGUUGGAACGCUUCCCAGGAACUCUGGCUUACUGGAGCAGCUGGGCGAGCCAGUGGAAGGUCGAUUGGAAGAGAAACGGAGACAACUGA